CACCAGGCCCCGAGGAGCCCCGGGGAGCCCCGAGCCCCCCCCCCCGGUGCCUCCUCCCCCCCCUCCCCCAGCCCCGCCCCUCCCCGCCCCCCCCCCGUACCGGAACCGCGCUCCCCGUGAGCGGCGGAAGUGGCGGCGGCGGCGGCGAUGGCUCUGCCCGGUGCCCCCUCCCCCGGCCCGGCCGCGGCCCCCCCCGCGCUGCCGCCGCCGCCCCCCCCCCCCACGGUGCUGAUGUCGGUGCGCGUGGCCCUGGAGCAGCCCCCCCGCCGCCCGCCGCCCCCCGCCGCCCUGCUCCGCCUGCAGCUCAGCCUCCAGCCGCAGCCCCCCCCCGCGCGGCGCCGCUUCCGCCUCGGGCUGAGGACGGCGGAGGAGGCCGGGGGCGCGAGCAUCGCCGAGUACGACCUGAAGGACAUCUCCUACACCGUCAGGAGCCCCACGUGCCACGAGCUGGUGGUCGUCGGCGCCCUGGACGAGCCGAUGGUCUUCAACUUCGAGGAGGAGCGGGAGGCGCAGAAGUGGUGGACGAUCGUCAGCAGCUCCCUGCGGGAGGUGCAGAAAGCCUCCGACAGCAGCUCACUGGCCCCCCAGGCCUCGUCCCUGCCCGCGGCGGCUGGGGGCAGCUCCGCAGAGGGGGAUCCGGAGGAAGCUUUGUUCUCGGAGCUCUCCAGGAAAGAGGACCUGGCGCUGCAGCUGGCUCAGGCCAUCGAGGACGGUGACGAGGAGGCGGCCGCGCAGUGCGCCGUGGCCCUGGCUCGCCAGCAGGCCACCCUCAGCAUCCUGCUGAAGGACUCCAACUACCCCCCCGACGACAUCAGCAUGAACGUGGGCGUGGAGGACGCGACGUCGUCUGCCAGCAUCGUCCUCAGGGUCCAGCCCCACACUACAAUCGCGACGCUCAAGCAGCAGGUGUUCCAGGAUUACGGCUUCCACCCCCUGGUGCAGCGCUGGAUCAUCGGGCAGUGCCUGUGCGUGGACGAGCGGACGGUUUCGUCCUACGGCAUCCGCAGGGACGGGGACACGGCCUUCCUCUACCUGCUGUCGGCCAAGAGGGCCGAGCUGACGCGGCAGCGCUACGAGGAGGACCAGGCACAGCUCCUGCUCAACUCCAUCGCCGCGCUCGGCGACGGCGCCGCGGCCGGGGAGCAGCGCCAGUACAACACCCUGCCCAGCGCGUCCACCAGGAAAGCGUGGGGGAGCGACCCCGGCAGGAAGAUGGACAUCGGUGAGAUCAGCCAGCACCUGGACACCAUGCAGAUCGGAGACCUCGUCAGCAACCCCUCGGCGUCCGCUGCCACCUCCCUGCCCUCGCCGGUGCAGGCGGGCUGGUCGUGCCCCAAGUGCACCUUCAUCAACAAGCCCACGCGGCCGGGCUGCGAGAUGUGCAGCACAGACCGCCCGGAGGACUACGUGGUGCCCUGCAGCUACAAGCCCGACGAAACGGAGCUCUGGAGGAUCCAGCAGGAGCAGGAGGGGAUCCUGCAGUACCAACAG